CAGCUGGACGAGGUGCGUCGUGACCUGCGCUGGAUAACGGACGCUCUUCAGUUCGCUCGUUACCGGCAGCCCCGCGGCGGCGUUCCCGUCUCAGCGCUCGUUAACGCAGACGCCCCCCCCCGACAGCGAGCAGAAGACCGACUCCACCUCCUCCAACAACGACUUCUUGCCGACCCCCUCCCCCUCGCCAGAGCCCCGGCACAGGAAGCCCCCCAGCGACUCCCUGCUGGGCUCCGAUGAGGACGGGUCCUCGGAGGUCUUCCUCCCCACAGACAGCGACUACGACUCCAGCGACGCUCUGAGCCCCCGAGACCUUGACCUGCUCUACUCCCCCCCCCAACACCUCUCCCAGCAGGCACUGCACUCGCUGGGCGGCAGCGCCCCCGACGUGCUGCAGACCCACGAGCUCAGCGCUCCGCAGAUUGUAAACUGAAUAAAGUUGCUGGUUCAACUCUCCGACUCAGAGACCCACGGCUUCGACUGUUACAGAAUAAUCAAUGCAACGAGAACCCAGCUCCUUCUGACACUUUGCACACGGACCAAACGCUGAAGGUGGACUUACCGAACACGUUAAGAUACCGCUAAAAUGUUUCACUCCUUCUUUAUUUAAAUAUCUCACUCUGGAUCUGUGGCAUGGACUCUACUUGAAGUGAAUGUGCAGUCUGUGUGCGUCUCAGUGUUUGAUUUCUGCGAUCUGUUUAAAUGUGGUUUUAAUGGAGGGGUUAUUGAACGGAGCUAUGGUUUCAUAUUUCCUGUUGGAAAGUCAAUCAAACGACGGCGCAGAGGCUAAAUAUGAUCACAAAAGAACACGAAAACACUCAGAAAUAACCAGAAACACAUGCAAUCAAUUAGACCGCCACUCAAAACCACUGCAGAGAGACUCAACACAACCACAGGAGGAACUCAAACCACUACAGAGAGACUCAACACAACCACAGUAGGAACUCAAACCACUGCAGAGAGACUCAACACAACCACAGGAGGGGCUCAAACCACUACAGAGAGACUCAACACAACCACAGUAGGAACUCAAACCACUGCAGAGAGACUCAACACAACCACAGGACAAACUCAAACCACUGCAGAGAGACUCAACACAACCACAGGAGGAACUCAAACCACUACAGAGAGACUCAACACAACCACAGGACGAACUCAAACCACUGCAGAGAGACUCAACACAACCACAGGACGAACUCAAACCACUACAGAGAGACUCAACACAACCACAGGACGAACUCAAACCAC